GCCAACUCCGAGCGCUCGGCGCCAUUUCUCCCAGUUCUCGUCGGAAGAGGGAGGCGGCGGUUUUUGCUCUCCGUGGAAACGAACAUCGCUCAGUUGGAAACAGACCGGUUACCGAGUGUCGAUCGUUCCUGGCUGGUAAUACACCUUGUCUUCACAGACUUAAAAUGACGGUAUUUGUCCGGUUACGUGGGCUUCCUGUUGUGGCAAAUUCUAUGGAUGUUCGACAAUUCUUUUUUGGACUGAGCAUCCCCAGAGGUGGUGUUUAUAUAAUUGGUGGAGUAUAUGGUGAGGCUUUUAUUACCUUUGGAAGUUUUGAAGAUGCUCGGUGUGCCCUAAACCUUUCUGGCCGACCAUUAAAAAAUUCUAUUGUUCACCUCUCACUCAGCAGUGAAGCCGAAAUGAGAUACGCUUUUGAAAUAAACCGAAUAACUGCAAAUCAGCCUAUGCAAAGCAUUCCAUACCCAGGCUUUGGUAACGGAGCAGAUAGAAAUGGGAUCCAUCCAUAUUCUCGUUUAAGAAGUGAAGAAAGGGCUGGGCCUUCAUAUUUAUAUUUACAUUCGUUGCCACUUAAAGCUACAAAAGUUGAAAUCAAAGAAUAUUUUAAGGAACUUUAUGUUGAAGAUGUAAUUUUCUUAAAAUUUCAAAAUGGUGUUCGAAAUGGAAAUGCUGUGGUAAAAUUUAGUAGGAGUAAUGAUGCCAUAGAAGCACUUCAACGGCCGAGGCUUUUCAUGGGUUCAUGUCAAAUUAAUAUGAUGGUAUCAGAUGAGCUUGAGUGGAUCAGAGCUGGUGGAAUUCGUAAAAAAGAGCUUUCUCCACGCAGGUCUCUAAGUUCUGGAAGAAAGCGGUCCCGUUCCAGAUCUCCAGUGAGAAAGAGACGUCAUGCUGUAUACACUAAUGAGUUUUAUGUGCAUCUUGUACACCUGCCUACCAGUGCUGCGAAAAAAGAUGUGCAGCAGCAUUUCUCUUUUGCUAGUCUUUCAGAGUCCCAAAUUACAUUCCUAACUGAUAAAUCGGGGAAAAGGACAAGAGAAGGUUUUGUGAUGUUCAAAUGUGGAAGGGAUUAUAAAAGAGCUCUUGAUUUGCACAAGGAACCAUUUUUGGGACGAUCCUUAUCUAUAUAUUCUAUCCCUAAAAGAGCUAUGCAAGACUUAUUAUCCCACAAAGAGGGCAAAUCUUCCAACUCUAGGGAGCGCUCAGCUCAAAUAGAUUUUCCUAGAAGAAAUGCUAAAGAGUCUCCCAGUUGGAAAGCAAACUGUGUAUAUUUACGGAACUUUUCAUUUGAUGUAACCAAAGCAGAUGUUCAGAAAUUUUUGACUGGGUUCACAGUAAAGGAAGAAGAUAUUUUUGUGUUAGUUGAUGAUAAAGGAGUUGGUCUAGGGGAAGCCCUAGUAAAGUUUGAAACCGAAAAGGAAGCCGCUAGUGUUGGAAAACUCCACCGUGAAAAGUACAAUGGUACAGAAAUCCUGUUAAGAUGCAUCACUGAAGAACAGAUGAAAGCUUUUGGAGCAGGCAACAGAAAGCUGAAAGAUGCAGGGGAGGCGAUUGCUACGGACGCCGCAGCGGGGGAGCCUGCCACAGACGCCGCAGCGGGGGCGAUUGCUACGGACACCGCAGCGGGGGAGCCUGCCACAGACACCGCCGCGGGGGCGAUUGCUACGGACACCGCCGCGGGGGAGCCUGCUACGGACACCGCCGCGGGGGAGCCUGCUACGGACACCGCAGCGGGGGAGCCUGCUACGGACACCGCAGCGGGGGAGCCUGCUACGGACACCACAGCGGGGGAGCCUGCUACGGACACCGCAGCGGGGGAGCCUGCUACGGACACCGCAGCGGGGGAGCCUGCUACGGACCCAGAAGAAAUUGAAUCCAUGGAGGUAACCACAGAUACUCAAGUACCUUCACCAGACCUUUCUCAGAUGGUCGCUCCAUCUGACGUAACAAAUAUUGAGGAUGAAUCCGCUUGUGAAGUAGAUAAUAAUGAAACAAAUGCUAAAGAAUCUUUAGAGGAAGAAGGAACCUGUGAGAAUAGUCAUGAUGGAAAACAAAAUGAAACCACUGUAUUUAUUCGAAAUGUGCCCAAUACUGUAACUGUUCCUGAAAUUCAGGAUUUCUUUGUUGCUUACAAAGUCUUCUCUGUUAACCUUACCCAGAUUGAUACAGGGACUGCCACAGUAUGUCUACAAACAUAUGAGGAAGCGCUGUGUGCUGUGAAUGAACUUGAUAAUCGACCAAUUGGCAACAAUACAGUGACUCUUAGUUUAGUUUAAAUACUGUGUUGUUGUUUACCCCUUCCCC